AUGUACAGGACAGGACACCCUCAUGCUUGCUCCAUAAACCUCAUCGCAUUUUGCUACCGCAGCUGUUGUGGCGCACGCAGUGAGCGGAGUGGUGCGCUCCUUCCGGAGUGACUAUGUCGAGUCGGACACCGGCUUUUUUUGCACUGAUCGGAGAUCACUAAGCUCGCUUCCUUUCGAAGAAAAAAAAACGGAAUGUUGUCACUUUGUCUCUCGCACAAGUCGGUUUCAGGAGAGCAGUGAAGACGCCGCUCAUUUACCAUGAGCUGUUUGGAUGUUAUGUACCCAGCCUAUGGACAUUACGCACCGUACGCACCGACUGCUCCUGCUUUUAUUAAUAGCUUACAGGCUCCCACAGGUCUGAGCAGCACUUCGUCUCACUGCAGGGAUUUUAUGGACACUCCCAGCGGUCCCGAAGGGAUGUCUGGGGGCCCAGGCGCUGGAGGAUCAACUUCCUCCUCAUCCUCAUCCAGCUCUUCUUCUUCUUCUUACACCCCCGGGACUUCGAGGCCAGAGGAGGGCCCCAAGGAGAAGCAGGAGGGCCCCGAGGCAGAGUACCUGACUUCUCGCUGUGUUCUCUUCACCUACUACCAGGGAGACAUCAGCAGUGUGGUGGACGAGCACUUCUCCAGGGCCCUCAGCUCCUACAUGGAUGGAGAGGGCAAACGCCGAGCACCAGAGCCACAGAGCACAAGUACCCCUUCACCAAGCAGUCGGCGAAGCUUCCCCCCAUCCUUCUGGGACAGCAACUACUCGUCACCUCAGAGCCGCUCUCACUGCGACACAGGCGCGCCUUCCUAUUCCAUGGACCCAUACGCUUCAGGGCUACACCCGGGCCUGCCACACCCACACGCUCACCCUCACCCACACGCUCAUCCUCACUCCCACCACCAUGCGCCGGAGACCUGGGGAUAUACUCAGGCCCAGGCCUACGGCCCCCCGCGGCCUCUCCACGAACUGUAUUCGCCGUCGGCUUUGGAGCCCCACUACGGGCCCCUGCUCAUGCCCACCGUGAGGCCACCUCAUCUCCCCACCUUGCCCAGCCACUAUGAAGUGAGCAAGCUGGAACCCACCGCCUCCUGGCCAAGCCUGCUUCCCCCAGGAGAUGUCAGCCAGACCCUGGCACUCAACAUAGAAGCAGGCCUCCAGCAGCACAAGAAAGGCAAGGAGCUGUACUGGUUCUAACGAGCCCUUCAGUCACACUGACCAGCCAUUACCAGAUCCAAUUAGUCCCUGGACCUGCUCUGCUAUUGAAGCAGCGUGUCCCUUUAUCCCCCCCACUCCCACCCUCCCCCCCAACACACACACACGCUGCAUCCCCCCCUUCUCUCUGCUCCCAGCCUCCCCUGCCAGUAUACAGCCUUGCUCCAGGUCGCCAUGUGUGCACCAUGGAGAUAAAGCAGAGAGAGGGAGAGAGGAAAAGGGAGAGAGACGGCAAAUGUGAACUAGCCGUAAUCUGUGCUGUCGCGCUCUCUUUCUCAUCUCGCUUUCCGCUAACGCCGCUGCCGGUGCAGCACAGACUUUGGCAAGGUGUGAGCCACGGUGACCUGUUUGGACUGAGAAAGACAGGAUCACAACAGACUUUUUUUUUGCAGCGGACAGAGGGAUGGAGGGACGGAUGGAGGGACAGGGGGGAAGAAAAGCAGCGAGCGGGGAUUUCCUCCAACGUCCCUGGUUAUCUCCGUCUCAUGCUCUGUGUUGGUGCAGUGGUCGUCAUUAUCCACUUAUCUGCAUUUCACAAAUGCAACAUGCAGCGCUAAACAAGAGCAGCAAUCAUGGCAGUUCAAGCUUUGUGACUGUCAUCAUGAGGCCUUCUUCUGGUUGUUAUUAUAUGAUAUUGCUCUUGGAAAUAAAGUGUUUCUAUUUAUUGGUGUUUAUGUGCAUUUCUAAACUGUUUGGCCAGUGUUCUGAGAUUAUUGCGGUUAAGUAUAUCAGUAUCAGUAUAUCGUGAAUUUUAAGGAGUGAGAGAGGGGCGAUAGAGCUCAGCGUACCUUCUGGUGGAGCUUCUCAUCCACCUUUUGUGGAGAACGUCAUCAAAGUCAUUUCCCGGAAAACAUAUCAAAUGUGUUCAGUUGAACAAGAAGUUGUUUGCCCUGAGCGCUCUCACGUGAGUUUGUACUUACAACUUGAUGAUGAUGUUCCAUAUUAGUUCUUUACUUCUUUGUCAUUCUUAGAUGUUUUGAAUUUGGACUUUCUAAAUAUCUUGGGGAUUUUGUUUGUGUGUGUGUCAUUUCUCAUAUUUGUGUCCAAAAAGAUGGUGAUGUCAAUAAAUAUUUUUAUGGUA